AGUAAAAGCUUUAAGGGAUUUCAUGUGACCGCACGAGUGCCCAACUCAAGCACUACUGUCGGCAAAUUCACCGCAACCGCCAAUACUAAAGUCCUCACAUGUAAUCCCACGUCUAAUGCCAUAACACAUAAGAAUAAUGAUGAUAAAAGUAGCGUUACAUUCAAUUGGACGGCACCCAAGAAAUUCAAAGGCAAAGUCGAGUUCAGAGCAACCAUUGUUAAGGAAUUCAAGGAAUUCUAUACUAAUGUCAGAUCAGCUCAGGUGACCAUUAGUUAAAUCUAAUCCUGUUUUCAGUUAAAG